CUAACAGCUGCCGGGGACGCCGCAGCCCUUGCCUGUGGGUUCAGAGGGGCCUGGAGUGGAGGCUCAGCCUCCUGUGGCCCACCUCCCAAGGCCACAGCGAGGGCACCUGCUCCCAGGUCCCCCGGGCCCCUUGCCUCUGCUGGGAGCAUGGCUGAGGCUCCUGCGGACCCAAGCAAGAGAGGCCACCUUGAGCAGAAGAUCCUGCAGGUGUUGCGAGAAGCCAGCUCCCCUCUGAAGACCCACCAGCUGGUGAAGGAAUGUCAGGUGACCAAGAAGGAACUCAACCAAGCCCUCCACCGAAUGGCCAAGGAGGAGACCGUCUCCCUAGUCGCCCCUGCAACAUGGCGCUUGGGCGCGGGGGGUUCUGAAGGCGAGAAUCCCACCCAGACGGCCCAGCUCAGCCGUGCCCAGAAGCCCCAGCCAGAAGCAGCGGCCGUGGCAGAGAGUCCUGGCCCUCAGCUCAGCGAGCUUGAGGAAAGGAUCUACGCGUUUCUGGAAGCCAGUGGGCCCUCCAAGGCCCUGCACAUCGCCCAGGCCCUGGGAAUGGGGAGAGCGAAAGACGUGAACCCCACCUUGUACAAGAUGAAAAGCAGGGGCCUUCUGGACCAGGACCAGAAGCUGAAGGUCUGGAGGGUCUCUGCGCCAGAUGAUUCUGGAAGAAGAAAUCAGUCUGCUGUAGCUAUUUGCCAGCAGAAUCCAAUCUACAUGAUCUACCAGAAUGCCCCAAACUCCUGCAUUAACAUUACAAACUCCGAAGCCAUCCAGAUUGGACAUGGGAACAUCUUAAUGAAACAGAGAGUCUCUGGGGACCUUGGUCCCAUGGCUCCGCACCAGCUCCCCACAACUGUGCCAGGUGAUUCCUCCGCUCAGGGGCCCCUGACCAGUGGCUGGGGGCCCCAGGACAUCCACAUGGAGCGGUCCCUGCUCAGACGGGUGCAGGUGGGACACGGCAACGAGAUGAGCCUCCACAGCAUCCCUUCUGAAGGCCCUGCCUACAACCUCUCGGGCAGCCCCCCAGUCUCAGCCAGGGCCGCUGGAUCGGAAGCCUCAUUUGAAGUGGGAACGCCCCAGCCGGGCCCUCACCCUGAGGCCACUGCAGCCCAGAGAGUGCACAUCAAGUCCUGCUUCCUCGAAGACGCCGCCAUCGGAGACGGCAACAGGAUGACCGUCCUCCGGGGGACAGCCGCGGGGCCUGCAGAAGGCCGGCAGGACGGCGGGGCGCCGGAGGAGCGCGCAGAUCCCGGUUCUGAAGCCCAUCCAUCCAGAAGCGACGACCCCCAGGACGGGGACCAGGAACCCCCUGGCAAGUCCGUGCUGCUCACCCCCAAGCUGAGGGCCAUGGCUCUCAGAGACAGCAGCCCCCACCCUGCAGAGCCCAGUGCCUAGGCGGUGGACACGGGGCGCUGGAGCGGGCAAGUGGCAGGGACCGCAGGCUGGACUUGGGAGGAGCAGGUGCUGGAGAACCUGGGUGGGAUGCCUCGGCCUUCCACGGACUCUGACCUGCCAGCUGCCCAACCUGCCGGUUGGGAACCUGGGAGCAGCCAGGGGACUCCUUGGUGCCAAGGGGAGGGCUGGCUGGGUGGGCUCUCUCCCUGCCUGCACCAGGGCUGCCCGUGAGGCCCUGAGCACUUAGUCCCCCAGGUUCAGUGGAAGCUCCCCAAGCAGCAGAAAUAAGAGUGGGCCAGCAGUGACCGGCCUGGGGGCUCUGCCCCGGUGACAGAACCAGUGUGCUUUCUGCCCCUUGUACUCAGCCUCCCUCCCUGUGAGGACGCAGCAGCAGGCACCACCUUGAAGCAGAGCAGACCCUGGCUACAUCGAGCCUUGGCACUUUGGUGUCGGCCGGCCCAGCCCCCAGAACU